GAUUUUUGCUUGGCUAAUAAGAAGGAAGGGGUGAAGAGAGAGAAGGAGGAGGAGAAGAAGUGGGUCCUCUUUCUUGCUCUCUUAGUGCCAGAGUCUGACACACCAACAAGACUUGUGUGUAUGUGUGGUAAUGUGGAGCAGGCCCCCUCCCCAUCAUUUCAUCUCUUCUUCCUCUCUUCUUGUUUUCUUUCUUUUUAGUUUUUGGUUUCUUUCUCUUCUUCUCCUUCUCCCUCUUCAACUCUACUAUGACUGUAUAGUUUUGCUGUUCAUGUUGGUGCUUGUUGUUGUUCUUAAGUUGUUGUUGUUGUUGUUUUGGUUUGAUCUUGUGUUGGUGGAGAUGGAGAGAAAGGGAGCAAUAAUUAUUGGAAUGGGACCAGUUGCAGGGCGUGUGAGGAGUGAGGCAUGACCCUGUCGGUUGUUCAUCUUCAUCUUCUUCAUUUUUAUCAUCUUCAUCUUCAUCUACUCUAUAUUUUUCACUGUUAAUAAUCUUUGUGCUCUCUUUAAUUAGUGCUGCACUCUGAUGUCUAGUCUCCAUCAUUAACAACCUAAAAAAAUCUCUUUUUUUUCUUUAUCUUUUUUAUUUUGAUUUUUUGUUUCUAAAACAUCACAAAGAUCUCAUCUUUUUUGGUUGAGAAUGGAGGAGCUUUGAGGAGAUCUAUGGAGUUUAGAGGAGGAGGAGGACAAGAUGAAGGGAUGGGUGGCUACAACCCUUCAACUCCCAUCAAGAACUCAGCUUUCUCUAAACCAACACUGUCUCCAUCUUCAACCUUGCUCAUCUCUCCCAGAGGUUUUCCUCAUCCUGGAGGAGCUCGUAAUGGUAACUGCGCCUUUGAAAUUCCAUCUUCUUCUUCUUCUCCACUCAAUCCUCUCCAUUCUAGAGCUUUAGAUUCUACUGAACCCCCUCCGGCGACCAAUGUUCAGUAUAAAGAGUGUCUGCGCAACCAUGCGGCCAGCAUCGGUGGCCAUGUUGUUGAUGGCUGCGGUGAGUUCAUGCCUGGCUCCGGCGAUGAUGCCAUGAAAUGUGACGCUUGUGGCUGCCACCGUAGCUUCCACCGUAAAGACUCCUACGCUGACAACCGUGUUCCUCUUUUGCUUCCACUUCCUCCACCUUCUUCAGCCACUGAGUCAUCAAGCGAGGAGCUUAACGCUGUGGCGGCGCAUCACCGGCCGGCGGCUGUUGCAUCGGCUUCGGCUCCGAGGAAGCGGUUUAGAACUAAGUUCACGGCGGAGCAGAAGGAGAGAAUGCUUGGUUUUGCUGAGAGUGUUGGAUGGAGGAUUCAAAGACAAGAUGAAGCCACAGUUGAACAGUUCUGUACUGAAGUUGGAGUUAAGAGACAAGUUCUCAAAGUUUGGAUGCAUAACAACAAGCAUUCCAUUAGAAAACAUAUCCAUCAACUUCCUCAGCAACAACAGCAGCAGCAGCACCAUCACCACCAACAAGAACAUGAACAAGAACAAGAGCAAGCUCAAGAUCAAGAUCAAGAUCAGCAGCAAACUCACCAUCAGCAACAACAAAUGCAAGAGGAGUGAUGAUCCAUGCAUAGCAGCAGCACCAGCACCAGCAGCAGCAAAGAAUGGAGGAACUGAGAAUGAUGCAAGAGGAUUUAAUCUUUGAAAGAGAAUUCCAAAUUAUCAGAAAAUUUGGGUUAAGUUAUUAAGGUGGUGAUCUUAUGUUUCAUCAUGUGAUAAUAAUACCUGAUUUGCAAUUGCACUUGUUUGGAAACUAUUUCAAAGCAUUGAAACGUGCUUUUAAUGCUGCCUUAUUUUGCUAAUACUUGGAAGCUGAGUGCAUUGAAUUCAAUGGAAGCAUACCUUUCUUUGGA